AUGUCUGAGGCACCGACGGCGCCGUCCCGAGGUCUUGCUGGGACGGCGGUCGGCGGACGGCGGACAGGCUUCAUUCGGCUACUGCCGGUCCGCCAGCGGGGCCUCAGCCAGGCCUACAGCGACUUGAGCGAGCGAGUGCGCUGGCUCCACGCGGCCGAGCGGACAAUUCGACUCUGGCGGGCUGAGCAAGCGGCCGGCCAGCAGGCUGGCGGAGAUAGCGGGCGUCGCUCGCAAAAUGCCGGCAUGUGUGUAGGCGGACAGGCGCCGAGACAAGCACACAGGCCGGAGGUGACGCAGCCAAACGCACACACGCAUUCCCAUCGCAUCAGGCAAGCCAACUCACCGCACCAGCAGCAGUGA